ACCUGCGCGAGCUAUUCUUUAGUUGGCCAGGAAACGCGAGUUAUUGACAAUUCUAUAUUAAUUUCUCAUAUUGUAGGCAUGAGCUAUAGUUGUUAUUGAUUCGGAAGAUUCGGGGUUUGGAUUAAAGUGAAGCAGAAUGCCCCACGGUGCUAUCCGGUUUCCGUUCGGGAAGUGUCAUGUAUGUCAGGAUCAGGCGACUGGGGUCCACUACGGCGUCGCGACGUGUGAAGGCUGCAAGGGAUUUUUCAAAAGAAGCACAAUAAGGGGAGAGAAGUACAAAUGUUUCUUUGGAGGGCAGUGUGAAAUAACGCCUCAGAAUCGGAAUCGCUGUAAAUCCUGUCGAUUCCGACUAUGCCUAGAAAGUGGAAUGUCAUUAGAGGCUGUGAAGAUGGGCAGAAUCCCAAAGCUGGAGAAAGAACGAGCUCUGGAACUGGCCAGUCAGGAGGGGAAACUCAGCGAGGAGGUCAACAGAAAGUUCAAAAUUCAGAAAAGUAGUGACAGCAAAAACGGUAAAAAGGACUCAUCCGAAACAAAACUGUUUUACAACUCCAGUAAUGUUCCGAUGGGUCCAGAGUCCUCUUUCAGCAUUGGUAAAGAGAAUCCUCAAAUGUUUUAUCAUUCAGAAGCUGCAGGGAUGACAGGCAGGUCCUUUGAAUGCAUCAGUCCACCCAGUUCAGACAUGUUCUCUGAUUUUGGGAAGCAUAGAAUGGUAGAACAUCAGAAGUCCCUGGACUCUUCCAGUGAUUCCUUUAAGAGUGAUCUCCUCCCCGAGUGUGCCAGCUCCCCCGAGGAUGGCGCUGUCUGGGCGCUACAUCCUCCUCACCCAGCAACAGUAUUUGAUUCUAGUCACGUCCCAUCCACUUCUUCAUCCCUCCCUGAGUCUUUUGGCAUGAGACCCCCCAUGGAAAGUUCCACAAACUUUGCAAAAUUCAAAACAGAAUUCCCUACAUUCUCUGAUAGUGGUACCCACAGACACCCAUCUGACAGAAGUAGCUCAGAUUCACUGAAAAAUUGGGACCACCAUCAGUCCAUUGGCCCCCAGCCCCUUCAGAGCGGUGAUCAUGUAAAUCAUUCUGUUGGCAGUUCACACAGAGAGAGAAAGGACAUGCAAUUCAGCCCGGGUUCGAUGGACUACGACGAAAUCAUGAAGGGUAGGUUAUUUCCCUCGUCGGAGGCAGGUAACAGCUCGCUGGCCUCAGCCUUAAGUAAACCUCAAUAUCUCAGUUCCUCAGCCUCAGCCUUAAGUAAACCUCAUUAUCUCAGUUCCUCGGCCAGUAGUGAAGCUAUGGAAUGGGAGAACAAAAUUCUAGGAAAACUACAACUCAAUGAUAAUAGCUUUAAAACGGAAAUCAACACGUCUGAUGUUUAUGCACCUAUUCGGAAUCACUACAAAUAUCUUUGUGACGUAGAUCAGUUUGGGAUAUAUAACAGACUUCCUCUAUACAUUCAGACCUUGCAGCAGCUGGAUGUUUGUCAGAGGAAUGGCAUGCUUGUCAAACUCCUGGAGGUACCCACAGACAUGAUAGACAAGAUCUGUAAGUCCCUGGCCAUGGAGGAUAAGUACGCUGUCAGUAAGGAGGGGGUAAACAUGGGGAAAGAUUCCACGUUCCUCAUCCAGGGAACACUCCUAAGGCUCAAACAUUCCAUGGACCUUCUCUGGAAGCCUAUCUGGCUCAUGAGGCAGUUUAUCCGACAAGGACUCUCAAGCGAGCCCUGUCAUUUUCAGUUUACUGGAGUAGAUGAGGAGAGUAUGCAGGAAAACUGGCCGGCCCUGAUGCAAUCCGUGGCAUUCUACAAUGAUGUCAUUAUUGGUUUUGCAUUUGCGUGUCCUGGUUUCAGAAAUUUACAGCCUGAUUUAAAGGAGUAUCUUACAAAAAGAGCAUAUUUUGAUAUUUGGGUGUUGACUAUGGCAGAUUUCUGCAUUGAUGGUAAAUGCCACUUUCCUCUACCGAGUACAAAAGUCUACACCAAUUGUACUAUGAAAAAAAUUUUGAAAGAGAAGACAUUUGUGGAAAUUCAGAGUGUUCUUGAGAAGAUCAACAAAUGUCAGCUGUGUGAUCUAGAGAUAGGCCUUUUGUGUGCCAUCCUCCUUAUAGACGCAGAUGAUGACAAGCUAACGAGUAACUCCAGCAUGAACUUGGAACCUCUGAGGACUCUCCAUUCCCAUUACUUAGACAUCCUAGCGACGGUCAUCUCCAAGAUCCACACCACUCAGACGACCAAACGACUCAGGGACAUCUUCAGCCUCACCCCCCUCAUCAAAAAACUCUCCACUCGACUACAGCUUCAGAUCACCUCCUACGGAGUGGAGGAGAUUCCAGAUGAAGAUUCGCUUCAGACCAUUGCUAUGAACACAGAAGCCUCGGUUGACAAUUAAGUCCAGGCUCUGUGACAGUGGAAACCUGAGGUGUCGCGUCCACUGUCAACUGGUGAAGAAGCAUUACAGAUGCACGUCUCUCAUAGAUCCAUGGAAAUCCACGCCCAAACAGGGCUCUUUGUGAUAUAUCUCUGUCUGUCUGUCUGUCUGUCUGUCUGAGAGUCUGAUAUUUCAUUUAUUAUCAUCAUAUUGAUUUCCUGUUUGUCUGAGUCCGAGAGAAGUGCCUAUUUAUAGUUUGUUAUUUGAUUUUAUGUUGAUUACAGGCAGGGAUAAAUUAAUUUCCGCAGUUAUACUACUAUUAAGUUUCAUGCUUGCUGUGGAUUUGUGUAUGAUAUUGAUGUCUUUAUUAAUUAUUGGAAUCAUUUUCCUCACAGUUGCUUGCGAAUUAAACAGACUGAGAAACUUAAUAGACAUUAGUACAUGUAACCAUUUAAUGUAGAAAAGAUAUUAAUACAUCAAUACCGGUACAUGUAACAAAUUAAUGACAUUCUACAAGUACAUGGUAAAAUAUCACAGAAAAGAUGUUUG